AUGACUUUAGGUCCUUCCCUUGCCAGUCAUGCAUUCGAAGAGGAUGCGCCGCAAUCUGUCCGGAUGAAUGUUACAGUGGAUAUUGGUUCCCUCUCUAUCGGCUUGGAUGGGAGAGCACGGUAUUAUGGCGAAACAGCGGGUUCGGAGGAUUAUGAUCAACCCACAAGGAAAAUUCGGGACCCCAAAUAUCUGGGUUUGCCGUAUGAGAUCCUCGAGCUCGUCCACUCCUUUCCAUUCGGCCUUCGCGAAUGCCCUUAUACCAAAUACGAGUUUACAAACUUUAUACCGCCAAGGGAACGGGCAGAGCAGGUCGCCGAGCUGUACUACACCCACGCUGCAUGGAUGUACAAUGUCGUGCCCAGGGCUGACUUAAAGCGCACCAUCCUGGACCCAAUAUACGGCGUGGGGAACAACGAUAUUUCUCUCGCUUCCGUGCAUUCCCACCGGAUCUCUCUGUUUUUCAUGGUACUCGCGACAGGCAUAUUCUAUGAUGACCAUCCGUCUGCCUCGAUCAUGGCCGAACAGUAUAGUGCUCUCGCAUAUGCUGCAUAUUCGCUGGAUUCGAUCUCUCAGGAGGCGACAACGGCAUCUGUCCAGGCUAUGUUCUCCAUGUGCUUUUUCGUCUACCUGACUGACCGUUCAAACAACGAGAUGAGGUGGCUGUUAUCUGGUCUGGCCGCGAGGGUAGCUCUCGUUGUGCGUCGCGACAGCUCAGGCUGGAACCUUGACAAGGAAGAAGUUCAGAGACGGCGGGUCAUGUUCUGGGAGCUUUAUCACUGGGAUGCAUGGUCUAGCGUUGUUAGUGGCCGACCGCCGGCGCUUAAUCUGGGCCACACCGACUGUCGCUUCCCCGAUGAUAUCGAUCCCUAUGUUAAGCCCAACGGCGAAGUGGAAAUGAGUUUGCAUAGCUGGAAGGCUCGCUACGGCGCUGUGAUACUGUCUGCAUCUGUUCAGCGUGCCUUUGCCAUACAUGGAUCAAAUUAUGCAUCCCUGCUCGAGCUUGACAAGCGCAUUCGGACGUUUCCAGUACCACCUCAUCUCCAGUCUCCGAGCGAAAGUGCCGAGCCUGGUCGUGGAUGGAAUGCAGAUCCAUCACGUGCAAUGCAACAGUUUUGCAUCUUAUGUGAGAGGGAGUCAAAUCUACUGUACAUUCACCGAAGCUAUCUUGCGCAAGCCAUGCGUGAAUUGCCGAAAGACCCACUUGGUCACCGUUUCUCUGCAUCAGUCAUGGCUGCCUACCGUAGUUCUUGUCGCCUGAUCUCUGCUCUGCGCAGUUGCUAUACAGCGUAUCCGAAGAUGACUGGUCGUGUAUGGUUCUUUUGGUCAGGCGUUUUCUCGGCAUGUGUUGUUCUAGGGGCGAUUGUCAUUGAAAGCCCAGGAUGCACCCUUGCUCAGAGCGCAUUGACGGAUAUAGAUUCUGCGCGCACGUUCUACGAUGAGGGAUCAAAAUUGUGCCGUCCGCCACUUACUCUGGCUACGCUUGAUAAACUUCAAGAACGCGCUCACCGAGUUUUCAACGAAUAUCACGCGAAGCUUCGUCUCGGCGACCCAACACCGUCGGCGCGCACUCAGGGUACCUCAGAUCAACCAGAUGAACUCGAGGUGCUGAAAGGGAGGAAGAGCGUCAUUAAUCGAUCGCCCUCCACCAGUCCAAACUCAAGCUCUGCGGCAUCGCCUGCAAGCCAGCCUAAUUUGUCCAAUGCAGUCCAUAAUGGC